CGUGCGCUUUGUUUUGCCUGCGUGAUUACGUCACGUGACAUUGUAGGAAGUAGUUUGAAUACCUAGCACAGUUAGUUGUUGCAUCUGCUUCUAAAGGUUUAAACAACAUGGGCGUAAAGGGUCUUCAGAGUUUCAUGGAGCGCUGCUGUCCGGAUGCCUGUGUCACAGUGAACCUAAGAGAAAUGGCCAGACAACAUGCUGCUAAAACACAGCAAGAUCCCACACUUGUUGUGGACGGCAUGGCCUCCUUGUGCCACUGGUACUCAUGUGAGGACUGGGUGUGUGGGGGACAGUGGAAGGAAUACAUGGAGAUCCUGAAGAACUGGGUGGAUGCAUUUACCACUGCAGGGAUCAAACUGGUCUUUUUCUUUGAUGGUGUAGUGGAGCAGCAAAAGAGACAGGAGUGGGUAAAGAGAAGACGCAGAGCAAAUGGGGAUGUUUCAAAAAUAUUUAGACACAUAAAGGAACAUGGAGUGAAGCCUCACAAAGAGCUUUUUUGUCUGCCGUCUGCUCUGGCAACAUUCACGCCUUUUGCUCUGAGGUUUUUGGGGCAGCAGGUGUUUUGUUCAGUGCGUGAAGCGGACUUUGAGAUUGCCAGUUAUGCGCGUCAGCAUGGCAGCAUGGGCAUUCUGGGGCAAGACUCAGACUUCAUCAUAUACGACAGUGUCCCCUACUUCUCUGUAGGAAAGUUGUGGAUAAACAGUCUCACCACAGUCAUGUACGACCGCGAGAGACUCUGCAGAAGCAUUGGGCUGCCUUUUACCCUGCUACCUUUGCUGGCCUGUCUCUUAGGUAAUGAUGUUGUUUCAGAGCAGCAGAUGCAGGGCAUCAGGAACAAUGCCAUGGCAACAUACAGAAAAAACUGUUCAACAUCGAGGUCCUGUGCUCCUCAUGGUCAGAUGGUGGUAGCAGUAGCCCAGCUACUAAGGUCUUUGAGUACCAGAGAAACAGAAGACCUGGGAUCGGUCCUACAAUCUCUGAACCUGUCAGCUUCUCAAAGAGAUUUACUGCAGCAGGGGAUUUGCUCCUACUUACUACCAGGACAAAAUGACUUGGAGCUUUUUGAUGGUUCAGAAAUCCCAUCUGCCUUUGAAAAGCACAUUAAUACACAAAUAUUAAAGGCAUGUAGACAGAAACAUGUGGCAGCAGAAGGUUUUAUGGUUUAUAAUGUGGUGUGUGCUGGAGUGACUGAAUGCAGCAACACUCUAGAAGAUGAAGAAGAUAAAGAAUUGUUGCCUCAAGCCAUCGUCUACAAACCCUGUCGACAACGCAUUUAUGGUCUGCUGCUGCUUGGUCAAGAUGCCAACACUUUGGAUGUUCCAGUUGUAAAGGAAUGGUUUGUGUAUCCAGGAAACCCUUUAACGGAGCCUGACAUGGUCCAUCCUGUCCCAGUAAACUUACCAUGUGGACAACCAUGUUUGGACCAGUUAUGGUUUGGAAAUGGUCCAGAGGUUUCUGCUUUUCGACUGGAAUCUUUCUUCUUCAUGUUCGACUGCAGCGAGUACACCGAGCUGUAUGGUGCGAUUGAAAACAGUCUACUGGCUGCCCUCUGUCUGGUCACAUAUAUAGUUCAACAGGUUGAGUCUUUGUCUGAGGAGGACGUUGACGCUUACCUGAGUCAGGCUGUGUGUCUGAAACUGUAUUCUCCCCAGCAGCUUCAGAACAUCGAGCUUCCUGCCCUUUCCAGUCGUGCGGUGCAGCUGGGGUCUCUGUACGUCCGCGGGCUGAGCCACCUGCUGGCUGCUAACACUGCCAGUGGUGGACCUCUGCCCAGCGAUGCUUUGAUGCCUUGGCACAGCUUCGAUGGCCGUUUAUUCCACUCAAAAUACCUGCUGGCACACAGUGGCAAAGAGAACUCUGAGCUGCUUGACAACAACAUGUCCUGCAUCACUCUGUUUCUUCAAAUUAAGGAAAAACUUAGAGAAACCUGCAAGAAAAGAGGCAGAAUCCUUCAGUCCAGACCCAGGACAAUGCAGAAACACUGGAAAACAACAAUGACAGGCUUUUCUUCGAGUGCUGGUGAAAGUUGGAGAGGAAGAGGAGUUACAGCAGGAGGACACAGAGGCCAGUGGAGUUGGAGGGAAAGGGGGGAGGAUAGAAGAGACAGAAGUGGCUCAGAAAGACCUUGUGACAGAGCAGGAAACCAACAUUUUCAUACAUUUUACCCCAACUACCGAGAUGAACGACACCAGAACAUGAGCUGGCAACCAAGACAGUCCAGAGGUCCAUCGCAUCACCCUCGGAGGAGAUACCAUUUGGCUCCAAGAUGGCCUCAGCCUCCUGCUCCAUGAAUUUAACUGGACAAAGGAAUUAAAACCCUGAGAAGGGACUUAAUGAAUUAAGAGGAUAAGAAAACGAUGAAAGGAGAUGGGGAGUCAAGUUUCCCUGAACAAACCAACUUGACGUUUUCCCUUUACUGUUUGUUUAAAGGAUGUAGUAGGAAGAAAAACAAGGAAUUUAGAGAAAGGCAAAAAGAGAUCACAUCUACUUUCUACCUACAAUUUGAGGAUUAUCCUCAAAUUGUCUGUUUGUGCAUCCAAAAAAUGUGGUACGGUUGUGAGUCAGACGCCUCCGUCUUAUACAGCAGCAUUACGUUUCUGUGUUCUUUUAAAGAAAAUCUGACCAAAAGCAAAAACAAACUGAGAAUGAGGCACUUCAAACUUCCACUUAGAGUUGGAUUACAUCUUAAUCCUGAACCCUGAUUCUGUUUUCCAACCAAAGCAGUGAAAAUAAAAGAGGUUAAGAACUGUUUGUAUUUAGCAGUAUAAUCCUUUUAAAGGAAUGCAUUUAACUAGAGAAACAGUAUUGUCUGUAUCAAAUAUCAAAGGAAAUCCGUGUCUUUUGUAAUCAAAUGUGUCAGAAAGUCAGACCACCAAAGUAGAGAUUCUGUCUGUCUGAGUUUGGUACUUGAAUUUCAUUUAAAUGUUUUUAUUCUAGAGUUUGUGACACCACUUUUUUAAUAAUUCAGUUGUACAUCUUUUAACAAAUAUGUUAGGUGCAACAAUUCAUUAUCAUUGUUGUGAAGUUUGUAAAACCAUGAACAUCUGUUGGUGUUUUUAGUAUUAUAACACAAAGAAAGCCUCACAUUUAUAAUAAGUGAAGAUGGUUUUCCUAUUGUGCAGACUGUAAAAACAUAGGGAGAGGAUGCUGGGAAAGUAAUCCCAAAAAAUAUCCUUUGUUUUUGUGUUUAUGCGUCUGCGUGUGCAUGUGCCAGUAACAAAAGUUAAGAAGAAAUCUGCAAGUGAUUUGUUCAGCAAAUAGAAGUCCGUCACGUUGUUGAUUCAGUCCUGCUGUCACAGUGUUUGCUGCUCCAUGAACUGUGUGCCACUGAUCACACAUACAAAAGGCUGCUUCAACUGCAGAGGAGAGAGAAUAAUAAUGAAGACUUCUUCAGUAACAAAUACUGUUUACUGUGGCUGAAACUUUGUGUUUUUAUGGGAAUUCUUUUUUAAUAUAAAUUGUUGGAAAUAAAGCUGAAAAAACAACCGGUUGUUCAAAAAAAUAAUUUGAGUGCUAAAUGUUUUCUUGUCAAUUAUUAUUUUUACAUUUUUAUAGCUUGGAGGCUUUAAACGUGAUUCAUUUGGGAUUUUUGUAUAAAAACUGUUUCGAACCAAAGUUUCAUGUCUGCUUAGAAAAAAAUAGUAAUGAUUGCCGCUGUAUUUUACAAAUUAUUUCUGCGUGUUAUGCAAAUUACCAUAAACUUCUUUGUGUUGUCCUUUUUUAAAAUCACAACCCUUUAAAUUUUAUGCAGCAGAUUACUGCAAACUGAACGUUGAAACAUAUUUCCUACUGUCCCCUAAUGAAUUUUACAAGUAGUUUAUUAUUUAAACCUUCAACUUAAAAUGUGCAACUUAAAAAAAACUGUGAACUGCAUGUUCAGUUUCACUGACCACACAACAUUAGGCAUCAGUCUGCAGUGUUAUGGUAGAAUCCUGUCUCACACAAAAGCCUGGAAGUUGUUCCCUUUGUGUUUUGGCAUCGGUGAAAGGAAGCAGUUUGUAUUUAUAGACUGUUGUAAAUACACGAGGGGUUAUAUUUGUUGUCUAUGGCUCAGAGUAUUUCUGGAUGCCUGUCUCUCUUUGGGGUCAAAAUCAGCAACAACAAAAUAAAAGUCAUUUCAUUCA